GUGACUAAGGCAGUGUGAUACAUUCUCCCGUGGUGCAUGGACUGGGACAGACCUACGAAGACAAACAUGCGGAGUGCAGCCAAGCCCUGGAGCCCAGCCAUCAGAGCAGGGGGCCAUGGCCCAGACCGGGUGCGGCCCUUGCCUGCGGCCUCUUCUGGAAUGAAGAGUUCUAAGUCUUCAACUUCACUGGCUUUUGAAUCUCGACUCAGCAGGCUCAAGAGGGCCAGCAGUGAGGACACGCUCAACAAGCCAGGAAGCACCGCCACAUCGGGGGUGGUUCGCCUGAAGAAGACCGCCACUGCUGGAGCCAUCUCAGAGCUUGCCGAGAGCCGCCUGAGGAGCGGCACAGGGGCCUUUACAACAACCAAACGGACAGGCAUUCCAGCACCACGGGAAUUUUCAGUGACUGUCUCAAGAGAGAGGUCUGUGCCACGUGGUCCCUCCAACCCCAGGAAAUCAGUGUCCAGUCCAACUUCUUCCAACACUCCCACUCCCACCAAACACCUGAGGACCCCUUCUGCAAAGCCCAAGCAAGACAAUGAAGGUGGAGAAAAGGCUGCACUUGAGUCCCAAGUUCGGGAACUUUUGGCAGAAGCCAAAGCAAAAGAUAGUGAAAUUAACAGGCUUCGAAGUGAGCUAAAGAAAUGCAAAGAGAAAAGGACUCUGAGCACUGAGGGGACUGAUGCUUUGGGCCCAAAUGGAGAUGCAACAUCAGUCUCCCCCGGUGACGUGGAACCUAUGAUAAGAGCUCUUGAGGAGAAGAACAAGAACUUUCAGAAAGAACUCUCUGAUCUAGAGGAAGAAAACCAGGCCCUGAAGGAGAAACUCAUCUAUCUUGAGCACUCCCCAAAUUCAGAAGGCGCAGCCAGUCACACUGGCGACAGCAGCUGCCCAACAUCCGUAACUCAAGAGUCAAGCUUUGGAAGCCCAACUGGAAAUCAGUUGUCCAGUGACAUUGAUGAGUAUAAAAAAAACAUACAUGGAAACUCAUUACGGACAUCAGGCUCCUCAAGUAGCGAUGUUACCAAAGCUUCUUUGUCACCAGAUGCCUCCGACUUUGAGCACAUAACAGCAGAGACACCCUCAAGGCCCCUGUCCUCGACCAGUAACCCCUUUAAGAGUUCAAAGUGUUCUACCACUGGGAGUUCCCCAAACAACGUAAGCGAAUUGUCCCUGGCUUCCCUCACAGAGAAGAUACAAAAGAUGGAAGAAAAUCACCAUAGCACUGCAGAAGAACUGCAGGCUACUCUACAAGAAUUAUCAGACCAGCAACAAAUGGUGCAAGAAUUGACAGCUGAAAAUGAGAAGCUGGUGGAUGAAAAGACAAUUUUAGAGACAUCCUUUCAUCAGCAUCGAGAGAGGGCAGAGCAGCUAAGUCAAGAAAAUGAGAAGCUGAUGACUCUUUUACAAGAGCGAGUAAAGAAUGAAGAACCUACCACUCAGGAAGGAAAAAUCCUUGAACUGGAGCAGAAGUGUACAGAUAUUCUUGAGCAGGGCCACUUUGAAAGAGAGAAGCUUCUCAAUAUUCAGCAACAGUUGACCUGUAGCUUGCGGAAGGUUGAGGAAGAAAACCAAGGAGCUUUAGAAAUGAUUAAACGCCUGAAGGAAGAAAAUGAAAAACUGAAUGAGUUUCUGGAACUGGAACGGCAUAAUAAUAACAUCAUGGCCAAAACUUUGGAAGAGUGUAGAGUUACCUUGGAAGGGCUAAAAACGGAGAAUGGAUCUUUGAAGUCUCAUUUGCAGGGUGAGAAGCAGAAAGCCACAGAGGCCACUGCCAUAGGGCAGAUGGCAGAGAGCUGCGAAGUUCAAGAAAUGUUGAAAGUAGCCCGAGCGGAGAAAGAUCUACUGGAACUGUCUUGCAAUGAGCUCAGACAAGAAUUACUAAAGGCAAAUGGUGAAAUUAAACAUGUUUCCAGCCUGCUGGCCAAGGUGGAAAAGGAUUAUUCAUACCUGAAGGAGAUAUGUGAUCACCAAGCAGAACAGCUAAGUAGGACCAGCCUAAAGCUGCAAGAAAAAGCUUCAGAGAGUGAUGCAGAGAUCAAAGACAUGAAAGAAACCAUAUUUGAAUUGGAAGAUCAGGUGGAACAGCACCGGGCUGUCAAGUUACACAAUAAUCAGCUUAUCAGUGAGCUAGAAAGUAAUGUGAUCAAGCUGGAGGAACAGAAGUCAGACUUGGAGAGGCAGCUAAAGACUUUGACCAAACAAAUGAAGGAGGAGACCGAGGAAUGGAGGCGGUUCCAGGCGGAUCUGCAGACCGCGGUGGUGGUGGCCAAUGACAUCAAGUGUGAGGCCCAGCAGGAGCUGCGCACCGUGAAGAGGAAGCUGCUGGAGGAGGAAGAGAAGAACGCCCGGCUGCAGAAGGAGCUGGGGGAUGUGCAGGGCCACGGCAGGGUGGUCGCCAACAGAGCCGCCCCUCCACCUGUGGAUGAAGAGCUGGAGUCCUCCGAGAUCGAUGCUGCUGGCCGGUGGCCUGGUGUCUGUGUUAACAGAACAUCUCCAACACCCCCAGAGUCCGCAACCACCGUUAAGUCACUUAUCAAGUCAUUUGACUUGGGACGCCCAGGUGGAGCUGGACAGAAUAUUUCUGUCCAUAAGACCCCCAGAAGUCCCCUAAGUGGGAUACCAGUGAGGACUGCUCCAGCAGCUGCUGUCUCUCCAAUGCAGAGGCAUUCAACUUACAGCAGUGUGCGGCCAGCCAGCAGAGGGGUGACUCAACGCUUGGACCUUCCCGACCUUCCUCUCUCAGAUAUUCUAAAGGGAAGGACUGAGGCCCUGAAGCCGGACCCGCACCUCCGCAAGAGUCCCUCACUGGAGUCACUGAGCAGACCCCCAUCUCUGGGCUUCGGGGACACAAGACUGCUGAGCGCUUCCACCAGGGCAUGGAAACCACAAAGCAAACUCAGUGUGGAAAGAAAAGACCCUUUGGCGGCCUUGGCCCGGGAAUAUGGCGGUUCCAAGCGCAAUGCUCUACUGAAAUGGUGCCAGAAAAAGACACAGGGUUAUGCGAACAUUGACAUCACCAAUUUCAGCAGCAGCUGGAGUGAUGGCCUGGCCUUCUGUGCUCUGCUCCACACCUACCUGCCUGCCCACAUCCCCUACCAGGAGCUGAACAGUCAGGAGAAAAAGAGGAAUCUAUUGUUGGCAUUUGAAGCAGCUGAAAGUGUAGGCAUCAAACCCAGCCUGGAACUCAGCGAGAUGCUGUACACGGACCGGCCCGACUGGCAGAGCGUGAUGCAGUAUGUGGCCCAAAUCUACAAGUACUUUGAGACGUAACCCUGGAGGGCCCGGAGCAGCCACCACUGCCACCUACUGCAGCGCCUGAUCACUGUCCACUGACCCUGCUCUGCCCACCACCCGGCUGCCUAGACGUCAAAGACAGGCUCAAUCCAAGCAGACCUACACCCAAAUAAGAAACAGGGUGGGUCCCACGGCAUACCUGCCUCAAAUGCAAACCCAGCUGGACUGUAAAUUGGGGACACUUUGUUCUCCCUCAGGAUGCUUCUAAAGAGGGCAGCCUCCCUCCUUCCAGACCAAGACCCCACACCCAGGAUUGUUUUGCUGAUUACGCUGGGUGACUGAACACAUCAUCUGCAGAAAUUCAGACAAACAACAUCUCCAAAUCAGUCUUUGGGUUGUUUUUGUUGUUAAAAAUAUCCUGGCUUUGCCUUUAUGAAACCUUUGCCUUUGGCUGGGUGUGGUAGCUUGUGGCUGUAAUCCCAGCACUUUAGGAAGCCAAGGCAGUAGGAUAAUUUGAGCCCAGGAGUUCAAGGCUGCAGUGAGCUAUGAGCAUACCACUGCACUCCAGCCUGUGUGAAAGAGCCAGACCCUGUUGCAAAAAAACAAUAAACAAAAAGCAAAAUUUUGCCCCUAUAAACCUUCCCUCCUUUCCCCGCUCCAAAAUAAAAACCAGCAGAACAGAAAAAAUAAACAUUUAUUCCAGGGCAACCUGGAAGCCUGUGCUCGCUCAGCCUUUUGGGAAGAGGUAGGAGUUCUAGGUAACAAUGUUAACACCUAGAACUUGAUUCAUUUUUAGUUCUCACAGUUCCUUAUUUGGUUCAUUGUAGCAAAAGGAAACCCUGUGAGAAUGCAAGAGAGCCCUUGGCUGCUUUGCUCGAGGGUCCCUGGAGGUGCCCCACACCUCUGCCCACCACAGUCUGUGUGGUCCCGAGGGCUGGCAGCUUUCACACUAGGGAAAAUGCAGUCCUCGUUGCCCCCACCUUUGUCCUCCCAUUCGUUGACACCCACACAGGCUUGUCCCCCACAGCAUUUGACAGGAGGUCACAUGUGGGAAUGGCCUGUGUCUGCUUUGCAGGGUUGAGCAGGCUGAGGGCAUGUGCUUCUGGGGAUGCUGUGCUGACGGCAAAUCCCGACAGUAUUUCAGCUCUGGACUGACUUGGCCUUCAGUGCUUCCCCAGGCCUCAUGUUGGCAUGGGAAAAAGAAGCCUUUGGGAGUGGGUGGUGAGGGCCCGUUUAUAAUUAACAAAGAAGAAUGUAGUUGCUCCUGACACCCUACUGGUCUCCUUAAGUGGCAGCAGAGCCCUUGAGCCGCCCCAGUCCCUCAGAAGAGCUCGGUCUGGCCUGGGUGCCCAUCUGGUGUCUCUGCGGUGUUCUGGGCAGAUCUAUGUGCACUACACAACGAGUAAGGGUGUGGCUCAUACAGGUGGUUGAGGGAAAUGGGUAAUGCCCAUCCCUUGCUGUUUUAAGUGCCAAAUAGCCUGUUAGUGCCCCUCCAACAAAGGAUCAUCCUUUCAGUAAGUCACUGUGAAAGACAGUGACUACCAUUACCACUCAAAGUACAUCUCUGAUUGCUGAUCUGAGCCACUGGUUCAGAGCCAAGUUCUAGAGGCUGCAGGUCCAGCCCCUUAUUCCUGGAGAAGCAAGAGCUCAGUCCCGCUCUCCAAGCCAGACCUUUGCAGAGAUGGCAGCUGGCUGCACGGGUCAGGGGAUCCCUGAUUCUCAAGCCACCUUGAGACGAGAGACUCCGCCCCAGCCCUGUGAGUGCAUCCCAGCUGCGGCUCUGCAGCACAACUGCAGGGCACCCUUUUGAAAACUCUUGGCUGCCCCAGUUGGUUAUAUCAGAAUGUAUGGAAUGGGACCAGAGAUGCUGUCUACAUGUUUUGAAGGUUCUUUAGGCGACUGAAGCACAGCUGCAUGGAGAACCACUGAGGGGCGGAUACCUUUCCCUGGCAGCCCCAAGGCAGGCAGCCUGCGGGAACUCCUGAGCAGCUUUUUGGCGAUGGUCAUUACAUCACCCAUGCCUCUGUAUUUAAAUGAAACUUGAGAUACAGUCAGAACCAAUUCAACCUGUAAGUUAUUACUUCUGCUGCUUCAGGCACUUGUCUGAAGCAUUUUUUAUUAACCCUGCAUUUCUACUUUGCACACCAGUAAAGUGGGGAAAAGUAAUGUCCAAAGUAGUUCAGUUGAGCUGGAAUUCCUCCAGGGUUUUAUGUGGGGAGGCAGUUGCUGCCUUGGGAUACCCAGAGUGGGGGUAGGUGUUUUCUGAGAUUGGCCCGGUUACUUAUUUUUAUUUUUUAUUUUGAGACAGAGUUUCAUUCUUAUUGCCCAGGUUGGAGUGCAGUGGCGCAGUCUCAGCUCACUGCAACCUCUGCCUCCCAGGUUUAAGCAGUUCUCCUGCUUCAGCCUCCCAAGUAUCUGGGUUUACAGGUGUCACUACUACACCUGGCUACUUUUUUUGUAUUUUUAGUAGAGGGGGUUCCACCAUGUUGGCAAGGCUGGUCUUGAACUCCUGACUGCAAGUGAUCCACCCACCUCAGCUUCCCAAAAUGCUGGGAUUACGGGUGUGGGCCCCUGUGCCUGGCUGUUUUUUGUUUGUUUGUUUGUUUUUUGAGACAGAGUCUUGCUCUGUUGCUCAGGUUGGAGUGCCAGUGGUGCUAUUUCGGCUCACUCAGGUAUGAGUCACCGCACCUGGCCUGUGAUUGGCUCUGUUAUGAGUGAUUACAUGUAAACCAUCUAGAACCAACUUUGGGCAAUGGUGUUGUGGUUUCCCUCCCUCCACGCUGGGACCAUACCAGCCCCUCUCCCAUGGGAUCCCAAGUUGCCAAUCACUGUGGCCAAACUUCCCAUUUUUGUCUGUAUCCUGCUCUUUAGAUUAAAAAAAAGGAAAGAAACAUGAAAGGCCAUGUGCAAUUUAUUUUUGUAAUUUAAGGAGAUUCCCCAACUACCAUUUUCUCUGCCAAUGAGUGUGCAUGUAAAAGAGGAAUGCCAUGUUCUGUCCACAGAAAUACACAUGGUGGUCAGGCGUAGUGGCUCAUGCCUGUAAUCUCAGCACUUUGGGAGGCUGAGGUGGGAGGACUGCUUGAGCCCAGGAUUUUGAGACCAGCCUGGGCAACAUGACAAGACUCUGACUCUAUAAAAAAAAAAUUUUUUUUUUUUUUUUUUUAGAAAGCGUCUCACUCCAUCGCCCAGGCUGUAGUGCAGUGGCGUGAUCGCGGCUCACUGCAACCUCCGCCUCCCAAGUUCAAGCAAUUCUGCCUCAGCCUCCUGAGUAGCUGGGAUUACAGGUGCAUGCCACCAAGCCUGGCAAAUUUUUGUAUUUUUAGUAGAAACAGGGUUUCACUAUGUUGGCCAGGCUGGUCUUGGACUCCUGACCUCAAGUGAUCUGCCUGCCUCAGCCUCCCAAAGUGCUAGGAUUACAGGUACCGUGCCUGGCCCAAAAUUUUUUUUAAAAAUUAGUUGAAUACAAUGAUACAUACCUGUAGUCUCAGCUGCUUGGGAGGCUGAGGCAGGAGCAUCACUGAGCCCAGGAGUUGGAGGCUGCAGUAAGCUGUGUUGUGCCACUGUACUCUGGCCUGGGAAAAAAAAGCGAGACCCUGUCACACACAGAAAAGAAAUACACAUGGUGUUUAGGGGAAGGGCAGGUUCUGCUGGGGUCCUGGAGCUGUGACUGAUGGCCUCAGGACUUGAGGAAUAGGCCUUCUAGCACAGCAGCAAGUAGGCUCCCCCAAGCCAUUGGCUGGCAUGAAGGUGCAGGACCUGGGGGAGGCAGUCCCACCACAGCUAGGCCAAGGGGUAGGGUUUUUAGGUCUGUUUUUAACAGAGCUUAGAGCACCAGGUGAAGGUGGAAAGUUGAUAAACUGGGAAAACAAGGUGAGCAUCUUACAUUUUCUUUAGCAGAGUAUGCCAUUCCCAGUUUCUCUCCUGAGACUUUCAGAGGCCACAACAACCACGUUUCUUUCCCUCUUUCCUCAGCCAGUACAUAGUCAUUUAAAAUUCUUUGGUUGUUCUGCAGAUUCUUUUUUUAAUGUGUAAAUUUUAAAUGAAAAGACAUCUGCAAAAUGCAAGCUCCAGUAGAGUGGGGGAGUUUUUCAAGGCGAGAAGUUGCUGUUCUCUGCAUUGAACAUGGAUUGAAUUUUUCCUGUCUGAUUGUAGCCCAUGGUCCCCACCUUGUGGGGGUAACAUUCUCAGGAACUUCUCUUGUCCUAGCCCUUCUCAUUUCAAAAACAAUAUUAGUCUUUUGUUUCCCUUUUUCAUUCAGUUGUUGUUUUACAACUUUUGUAGAGACCGACCCAAGUAGAUGCUGGUGGGUGUUGGACAAAAACACACAUCCCCAGGGGUAAGCCAUCCAGUGGUGAGGAACCUCUCCCAUGUUCUCUUUCCUGCUGCCCACAGAGACUGCCUUAGUCUCCACCUCCUCUUCCCCACUGAGGGGCAGCUUGUGGAGAUGGAGGACUCAGGCCCCUAGAUGCAGAACCCCUGCCAAGUCCAGCAAUAGUUCUCACCCUUCCAAAGCUCGAGUGCCAUUUUGAGAUGACCUACCAGUGACAUGCAGUGAAGGAUAUAACCUCAUAGCCCUUUUAGAAGCAUUUCCAAUUGCUACCAAUGCCACUGGGCAUUUCACUCCUCUAACCCAGGUUAGAGUUUUGCUAAAUCUGUAGCAUCCUAAGUAGCAUACUAAUUUUAACUACAUUAGUUGAAUGCAGUUGAUACAUCUGUGGCCUCCUGUCUAUAAAGAGCACACUAGAUUGUAACCCGCACUGUUAGGAUAUGACAUGCUUAUUCGAUGUCUUUAUUCACAGGAAAGUGUAUGAUAAAUGACUAAUAUUUCUAAUAAAUAUAUUUUGUUUCUGAU